AUGUUAAAAAAAGUGGCAGUAAGGGAAAAACUACACCAAUUAGUAGCAGAUGUGGUCGACUCGAGCGCACACACCAUGAAAACGACUCACCCAUUGGGAGCACCCUUUGAUCCCAAGUGCUAUCUCUAUCACUCGGUUAUGGCUAUACUCGCGUCCACUGCUUUCGGGAAGCGUCUUGAGUUCAUGCAAAGCCGGACGAGUCUAUUGGCGGCCAUCGAUCGCAUACCACUCUUAAGACUGAUCCCAAAAUACGGCAAUUAUGAGCGCAAAGUGUUUGAAACGGCCAGAAAUGUGACCAAUAGUUGUAAACAACAAUAUAUGGCUCACCUGAAGACCUAUUCCUCGGGAGUCGUCAAUGACUUCUGCGACGCUCUCAUUGAGUCCAAAAGAAAAGGCCAUUAA